CAGACUGCAGCGCACUUUACAGCGCUCAGACUGUCACAAUGCGCUCCUAUUUCUGGCGGAUUUUUUUUACGAGGAGUGACAGUGGAAUAAGAGGAAAUCAUGCUAGUUCUAUCGUAGUAGACCGAAGACCCUUCACUUCUUUCCCAGGAUUGUUCUUUUCUGUUUAACCAUUAUCCACAAUGCUUUACUUUCAGCUGGUGAUCAUGGCAGGGACUGUCAUGUUGGCAUACUACUUUGAGUACACCGAUACUUUCAACGUGCACAUCCAAGGAUUUUUCUGUCAUGAUAAUGCUUAUACGAAGCCCUAUCUCGGACCAGAGGAGUCCAGUGCGAUCCAGCCAGCCAUCCUGUACGCGGUGGUCGCAGGGGUCCCUGCACUCGUGAUUACAGUGACAGAGUCCGUACUCUUCUUGCUGCAGUAUGUCUCUGAGGAUCUAGACAACCGAGAGAAGAUCAUUGUGAUGGGCGACUGUUGUUACCUAAACCCUCUGGUCCGAAGAACAUUUCGCUUUCUUGGUGUGUACGCAUUUGGCCUCUUUGCCACAGACAUUUUUGUAAAUGCCGGACAGGUGGUAACGGGAAAUCUGUCUCCAUACUUCCUGACGGUGUGCAAACCCAACUACACAGCGCUGGGGUGCCAUCAGGUGGUGCGUUUCAUCAGCCAACAGGAAGCCUGCACGGGCAAUGAGGAUGAUAUCUUACAUGCUCGCAAAUCGUUCCCAUCCAAAGAGGCGGCCAUCAGUGUUUAUGCAGCUCUUUAUGUUGCUAUGUACAUCACAUGUUCGGUGAAGGCCAAAGGGACACGGCUGGCCAAGCCGGUGCUGUCUCUGGGGCUCAUGUGUCUGGCCUUCCUAACUGGGAUUAAUCGAGUGGUGGAGUACCGCAACCACUGGUCUGAUGUCAUUGCUGGCUUCAUCAUCGGAGGAGCCAUUGCUGUCUUUAUGGUGGUGUGUGUGGUGAAAUAUUUCAAAGGGAAGCCCUUACUGAGUGAGAUACCGCCGGAGGAGAGUGUGUCCAGUGGUCCCAUGAUCAGUCAGCCCAGGAUGGAGCACACUAUGGAGAAAUACAUAGCGUCCCAGAAUCCUAUCACCUAUGCUGAGAUCACAUGACAGUGAAAAGCCUACUAGCCAGAAUGCUGUGGAUAAUGUUGCUGCUCUCCAGUGCAACUUUUUACUUUGAGUGCAACGUCGAUAUGUGCUAUUUUUACACUUCUAUUUUCAAGUGUGUGGAAAAAAUAUCGUCUAUACCUUGUCCUCCUUUUAACUUUUUUUUUUUUUGGAAAAUAGUUAGGGUAGGGUCGCAUCCCUAUUUUUAUACAAACAUAUUACUGUUAUCAUUUUUUGUGGUUGAAUAUGCAGGGUAUUGUGUGAAUGUGGAAUUGCAACUUGAUGUCCAAUGAAAUGUUUAACAUAUCCUAAUGUACUAUUUACAACUUUGAGUCCAUUGUUAAAUUUUGAAGAGGUUUCUGACUGACAAUAAUUACUGUUGUUGAUCCUCAAAGAAAUCAGGUUCUUCUUUUAUCUUUCUCCCUGCCAAAACAUAUCACAUCAACACAUUUACAGAGUUUUUCUUUUCAGAACAGCAAACUGUUCCAGUGUUGCAUCAGAUGUUAUGCUAUGUAUUUCUAAGCAUGUUUAAAUAGCCAAUAGGGUUUAGUUAUGUUACAGUCAUGAAUUAUGAUUUGCUACUUUCUAGUUGAGACAAUAUUGGGUGAGGGACAUUCUCAUUCUAGAGAGCAUCUGAUUGGUCAAUACUCAGUGUAGUACAGGAUGAGUCAUUAAUAUUUUGCUCCGUUUUCUAGGAACAUAUAGGAAUAUAUUUGCAAAUACAUGGUCUCGAUGGACUUUAAAAAAAAAACUUUUUUGAUUUCACAGGGUCUUUAAAGUGGGCUGAUGUGAACAUGAGGUGAUAAGCAGAACUAAUGAUUGAUUUUGGUGUCAUUAUGGCAGAGAGCACCUUGGGCAGAGUUGAUGAAUUUAAUUGUGACUGGCAAUUGAUUACAGGACUCACAAAAGAUUAGAUGCUCAAGCUUUUGCCCAAAUAGGCUGUAGGAUGUGUAUGAAGGAUCGCUUUGUGUGCUUUAACAUGGCCAGUGUGUGUGCGUUUAUGCUUAUUUGUGAGUCUGCCCUUGAUGUCGCCUCUGUGAGAACGCAGUCUCUAGUGACUUAGAGAAGGCCAUUUGUUUUCUCGACAGAGCUGGAAUAAUACCUGUACCUGUGAAAAAGCAAGAGAUAUGGAGAUGGAAAGAGAAAGAGGAUGGACCUUCAUUGAAUAGAAAACAAUGCAUCUUAACGAGUUCACACAGAUAUAUGGCAAUAUUUGCAUUUGGAUUCAUUUGCGAUUUCACAAUCAUAUGUGUUUUUAUUGUAUCAUAGACCUCAUAGCAAAGGUCUGCAGUGUUUGGUUGAAUCUAUAUUCUGCAGAGUGAUUUUUUUACACCAUACUGAGCAUAUGUUUGAUCUCUCACUGACUAGUGAUGAGAUUUGAUUUUCAAAUUCAUGCUUGAAUACAUUAAGUUUCUCCUAAUGAUGUAAAUCAUUUAUCCAAUUCAUCUCACUCGUGUACUACUACUGAACAUCCUGAACCCUUUUAUGUCCACUGUUUGUCUCAGUUGAUUCUUUCAUCAAGGAAAGCUUGUGAAUAUAACUUUUUAGAGAGUUUUUGGCUGGCUCACUGAGGGGUUUGUAAAGAACUAUUUGUAAAGCUGCUUUGUGAUUGUGAAAGUGUUAUAUAAAUUGAAUUUACAAUUAUUUAGAAAGAGUUACUGCAUUACCUGCACAUUGAUUUUAAUUCAGUGUUAUUUCUAGUGGCAGACAGAUUGUGUUGAUGGUCUGGCAAUGACCUCAGUGACUGAACUGGAAAGGAAAGCAGAUCUUCCCUGAGUCCCAAGAUGUCAAACAGUAAUAAAAUAUUUACC